GUGAGGACCUACAUAGCUCGGCUCCUGACACCCCCCACCCCCACCCACUCCCAGCAACACCCUCUCAUCCACACCUCCACCUGUGCCGUGUCCUACCUCACCUGUACACCCGCCACACCUUUGCUAAUUAAUCAUGGCGAAGGUGUUCCUCUACUUCAUGGUUCUGGCAACACUGUCGGCAAACUGCAGCGCGGCAAACAACUGCACCAACAAGCCACAAUCUCGACAAAAGCGCUUGAUUAUGUUCACAUCUGACCGCCGCUUCGCCUUCCCGCCCGCCACUGUCAUGCUCGUCACCCCAACACUCAGCCUCCCCUUCGGCAGGAACCUCCCCACAGGCUACGGCUCCUCCCUCACCAUCUCCGUGCCCUUCAAAGUGUCCUUUGAUGACCUCGGCCUGACCUCCCCAGAAAAUCCCUUUGGCAUCUUCCCUGACUUCUUAUUUGCCAGGAAGAAAAGGGACGCUGACCUUCCUGGCAUUAACUGGGCUGGAGGUGACAGAGAGAUGAUGUACCAGGUUGUCGAGGAUUCACUGCACAACCUGGGUCUGGACGGCCAAGCGUGUCUCCUUCGCGCCAUCUGUGAAAUGUUCCAGACUCCUCUCGUUAACCAUGGCUUCGUUGGGGAGAUGCUGGAGCUCUUCUUCAGUGUGAGCCGCGCACCACACGCCGAGAAGAGACUUGGUGACUACUUGAAGGCAGAACGUGCAGGCCGCUCCACUGGUGACUGCUCAGCCUACCACCUCACCUGCCCCCAGUCCCUCUUCACCGCACCACAGCCUCUCAAACACACAGAGGAGAAUAUGGACCACUACAGCGGGACAGAGAGUGAAGAAGGAGAGAGAACCUGGAACCACAAGGACAUGAAGAAGGAAGACCAGACUACCACCAAGAAAACAACGAAAAAACAGAGAAAGAGAUGUGUCCGUCAGCGUAGUUGAAUGACCAUACUACCUGACGUGACCUUACCAUCCUGCCCUCCCGCUGACCUGACCUUGGUGCGCUUCUGUCACUGCUAAGCUAAAUGUUGGGUGAUGCGGCAGAUGACUUAAGAUUUGAGAUUCUGCUGGUGUUAGUACGUUGGUGAUUUCUACGUGUGUAUGUUUGUAUGUAAAACGUUAGUAGUAUUUAUUUUGAUUCUGUCCAGCUGGUGCGUGUGUGCGUGUAUGUGUGUGUGCCAGCCUAGUAUGAAUGUAUCUCUAUUUAUUUAUCGCAUAAGAAGGGAUUUAUAACGUCAGGGCAACAAAAAAGGCAUUAAAAAGGACCCACUGAAGGUAAAACUGUCUAAAAAGUAGUGAUGAGAGCAGGAAUUGAAUCUAAAAGUGUUAAAAUAAUGUAGGAGGAAAAAUAUGACCCAGAAAUGAUGCUAAGUGUGUUGAAAGCUUCCUAGUGAAUGAGUUUAAGUGAGAGAGAGAGAGAGAGAGAGAGAGAGAGAGAGAGAGAAUUGUGGGUAAUGGCAGUAUUUAGGGCAUUAUAACAAGAAGGACAAAAGAAAGUGACUCAGCUGUUUGCCCCUUUCAAAAUAUCGUGUCACUAACAAAAGCAAAAAAAUACCGUGUUUUUGUUUACGAAAGAAGGGAAAAGCUGGCUGACGGGAACGUGAAGACUGAAAAUAAAAUAAAAAAAAAGACUAAAAGACCCCACUUUGUUGCCAGUUCCCUUACAGGUUCGAGAGAGAGCUAGGCAAAUGAAAGGGAUAAAUUUCUUGGGUAUUGAUGCAUUAGAUGGAAGAAGAAAGAAGGAUUUUGUGUCAUUAUUAAGAGAAAAGGGAUUAUAUUGAAGGAAAAUUGAGAAAAAACGCAGAAAAGUAAACUCAUUAACCAGCUGUGUGUGUUUGUAAAGUAAGUAAAGUAAGGUUAAAUAGAUGUGUGUGUGUGUGUGUGUGUGUGUGUGUGUGUGUGUGAGGCCAGCGUGUUGAAUAGUAAAUAAAUAGAUAAGAUAAUAGUUAAAAGUUCCAGAAUGAAUGAGAUUAGAAGAGAAUGAAUAAAUGAGUGAAUGAAAGAUUGAAGCAAGACAAUUAAUUUCUUUUCUCUCUCUCAUGUUUUUAUUCAUUUAUGUUGUGCGACGUGAAGAAGUGCAUGGAAAAUGAAGAAAAGGAAAAUGAAGAAAAGAAAAUGAAGGGAAGUUAGGGAGAUGGAGAUAAUGGUGAAGAAAAAGAAGAAGGGAAUAGUGAAGAAAAAGAAGAUAAAGGAAAUAUUGAAGAAAAAAAUGACGAUAAUAGUGAAGAAAAAGAAGGUGAAAAGGAAGUUAGGUCAGCGAAGAAAAGAAGAUGAAGGGAACAGUGAAGGGAACAGUGAAAUGAAGAAGGUGAAGGGACACUAGACAUUGGUGCCUUUAGAAUUCAUGUAUUAGGAAAAGAAAGGUGUAUUUGUUGUAUUAAGAGAAGAAAAAGGAGGUGUAUUUAUUGUAUUAGGAAAAGAAAAGGUGUAUUUGUUGUAUUAAGAGAAGAAAAAGGAGGUGUAUUUAUUGUAUUAGUGGGAAAAAGAAGAAGAAAAGAAAUUAGAUAAGAAAGGCAUUGUAAUUCAUUUAUCUAUUGUAUUUAUUUGUAUUAAGGGUAAAGAAAAGAUGUAUUUGUUGUAUUAGUGGAAAAAAAAAGAUCAAGAAAAGAAGUUAGAUAAGAAAGGCUUUAGAAUUAAUUUAUUUAUUGUAUUAUAGAGAGAGAGAGAGAGGAAAAAAAAAAUGUAUUUGUGUAUGAAAUGAAAGAUGAAAAGAAAUUAAAUAAGAAAGAAAAAAAAAAGAAAAAUUAGAUAAACAGGAGCUUUAAAAUUCACAUAUUGUAUUUCUAUUCUAUUUUGUUGUAUUAAGGUAAAAAAUUGAUGUAUUUGAUGUGCGAAGAGAAACAUAAGAAAAUUAAUAGAAAAUAAGAUAAUAUUUGUAGUAGUGGCUGUAGACUUCACAUAAUUUAGUGCAUAUAUGUUGUUUUAACCCCUUCAGUACUGGGACACAUUUCUACCAUUAAUUUUAUGUACCA